CCCUUAUCCGGUCCGCCGGAUUAUGAAUGACGGCCGGCGGGAGUAUUUUCCAGAUAAACUGCCUGUUGUUUUUCUCUCGGCCUCUGUGGAAGCUAGUGGUUUACAGGCAGCAGUUCCCAGAGGCAGCCUUGGAAUUUCAGCUCCGGCUGGGCGGGAAGGCGCAGGCGGUCCAGGUCGCCGACACGCUCACGCACCCUCCCUGCCUGGCCGCGCCUCUGCGACCAGGGGCUUAAAAAAGAAGCAGUAUGGAAGGAUGAACACUGUCAAAACUUCUCAAGGACAUUAUCCCUAGACAGCUCUCAGUGUUCUUGGUUGAUUUAUUUCCCCUUCUAUUGAUCUCCUGUUCUUACCUAUCAUGAGAUUCCAAACUACUUGAUUGGGAAGGCUUUAUUGCAAAGCACUGAGGUGAUCCAAUAACAAUAGAAAAUGAAAGCCAUCAAAAAAAGUCUUACAGAAGAAGAAUACCUGUAUCUGGACUUUUCUCACCAAACAAAAGGAUGCAUCUUUCCUCUUCAUACAUCUGUAACAUUAUUUCUGUUAUCUUACUGUGACUGCAAAAUCUUUAAAAUUUGCUUAGUUGUCACCAAAGAAGUGAGUACAGAUAGUUUACUACUAAGAGAUGAUCUGAUCCAAGAUGUUGAAAUACAGAUUAUUUCAAGGCAAGAGCUCCCACCAAUAGUCCAGAAUUGCUGUUUGCCUGCAGUACUAGAACGAUCAGACAAUUUUUGUAGAGCAGGACUUGCUGUUGUAUUAAGACACAUAAUCCAGAAAUCAUAUGAAGCAGACCCCUUAAAGAAGGAACUUUUGGAACUUCUGGGCUUUAAAAAGACUUGCUUGAAAGCCUGUGCUGAAGUUAGUCAGUGGACCAGGCUAUGUGAACUUACCAUCCCUUUGGCUAUUGAGAAUUUUCUCAGAGAGUCUUCUGACCAGCCUCCAACUAUACCAGUAGAAAUACUACAGCUAGAGAAAAAGCUUAGUGAGCCUGUUAGAGUGCAUAAUGAUGAUAAACUCCGCAGGCAGAAGCUCAAGCAACAGAAGGCUGAUGGAGCUGGGCCUCCUCUUACUAAGGGAAAGGCAAAGAGCAAGGUCCACACACAGGAAACAUCUGAAGAGCUGGACUCUGCAUCCAAGAGUAUGGAACUGAAAGUGGCAUUCUCAAAGCUCACGGUACAGGAAGAACCAGCUACUACCAACAGAGAGCCGUCUCACAUCAGAAAAGCAAAAGCCUCCGACCUGCCACCUCUGGAGCAUGUGUUUGCAGAAGGGCUUUACUUCACUCUGGCAGAUAUCGUGCUAUUGCCCUGUAUCCAUCAUUUCUUGGUAAUUAUCUGCAAGAAAUUUUCUGAGAAGCUGGCAGAAUUUCCGUUGCUAGCCUCUUGGUACCAGAGGAUUCAGGAAGUGCCAAGAGUGAAAACAGCAGCUUCUAAGUGUGGGAUCCAAUUUCUCCAUUUACCAGAGUUGUUGACAACCUCAACUGAACAGCAUCCAAACUUAAGUGAAGUCCCAGGUGUAGAAGAACAAAACGAUCCUUUAUUUAUAGGAGGACCAAGACCAACCAUGGCCAAGUUAAUGGAAAAGGGCAUUGAAGUGAUAUUUUCUCCCCACCCUUGCCCUACUUGGACUCUUGAUUGGAAUGUUCUCCCUGCAGCAGUCAGUCCUAAGGAAGGUAAAAUGUCCGGUGAUCGAGCUUUGAGGAAGCAGCAGCAGUUGAACAACCUUGUCUAUGUGGUAACAAAUCAGGCCAAACCUGGUGACAGAAUUGUGGAUUUCUGCAGUGGUGGGGGCCAUGUUGGAAUUGUCCUUGCUCACAUGCUGCCAUCAUGUCAGGUUACAUUAAUAGAAAACAAGGAAUUAUCAUUAAUUCGUGCUAAGAAGAGAAGUAAUGAACUGGGUUUAAACAACAUUUGGUUCAUUCAAGCAAAUAUGGAAUAUUUUACUGGGAUGUUUAAUAUUGGAGUGGCGUUGCAUGCUUGUGGAGUGGCAACAGACAUGGUGAUUGAGCACUGUAUCAAAACACGGGCUUCCUUUGUCACAUGCCCUUGCUGUUAUGGUUUCAUUCAGAACACCUCAAAGUUUAAUUUUCCAAAAAGGAUUUUGGUCUCCAAUCACAGUGAAGAUGGUAUUGCAUGCCUAGUGCCUCUGAGACCUCCCCACCUCUCUACCUACUGGCUGACAGCUGCCUUGAAUGAGUUGCCAUUAUCACUCUGGAGAUAUGUAGGAAGUCCAAAUGAACAAUUCAAGAAAACUUUAUCAUACAAGGAACACAUGAUUCUAUGCAGAUUUGCAGACCAGACAGCUGCCCAGCUCCCACCCCAACGAAGGCUCAUAGGAAAACAGUGCAUGUGCUUGGUGGAUCUGGAUCGAGCAAGAGCUGCAGAAGAAUGUGGCUACUCCGUUCAAGUGAUAUCCAUGGAGCCAGAGAGCUGCUCUCCCAAAAAUAACAUGAUUGUGGGAAUCCCCAUUUAAAAUGAGACAUUCACAUCUGAUAUUUUGCCAUCCAUCUUGACGUUGGAUGCCCAGUGGCAUUCAGGAGGUUCUUGGCAUAACUAGGAAACAGCAUUAGCCAUCUUGAAUCUAUUGUGCUCAGGAAGAAAAGCAACAGGAAAAUCUUGGAAGAAAGGCUUCCUGCACAGCAUCACAAAUGCUCUUACAAUGUGUGAUUAAAGGACUGCUGGUUUUCAUAGUGAGAAUCCCCUGAAGUCUCAGCUGCCAAAAGAAUAAUACUAGUGGAGGUUCCAUCACAGGAAUAACAAUUUCCUUCUCACUUCACAAGCUCUUCUGAUCUUGCCAAUGUGAUGUUUAAUUCAAAACAGUGUACUUACAGCCUUUAUUUUAUACUUAUUUAGAUAUUCACAUGGGAACUGAAACUAGACUCAGUGGAGUUUUUUUGUUUUUUAUAUUUUUAACAAUUGUACUUUUUUUAUAACUUUAAAAAAAUAUAGUCAGGUAAUUAUAGUAUAGUUAUUUUUAAGCUGGGGUUAGUUGAACUUGUAUAGCAUUUAAUAUGCUCCUUUUAAAUAUAUUUCUGCCAGGCAUGGAGGCUCAUGCCUGUAAUCUCAGCACUUUGAGGGGCCAAGGUGGGAGGACCAUUUGAGCCCAGGAUAUCAAGACUCACAUGGACAACAUAAUGAGACCUCAUCUCUCCAAAAAUUUAAAAAUGAGGCGGGAUUGAGCCCAGGAAGUCAAGGCUGCAAUGAGCUGAGGGCAUCACAACACUCCUGGCUGGGUAACAAAGUGAGACCCUGAACCAAAAUGAAUGAAUGAAUUUCCCAUAAAUUACCAAAUGCGAUCAUCACUGGUUCAAAUUAUUAAAUAAUUGCAACAAACUUCCUAUUAUGGGAAUGUGGAAUUUGGACACAAAUUUUAACAAUAAGGUAUAUUGGUUAAUAAAUUUAAGUUUGUAAGUAAUUAUUAAGGAUCUAGUAUUUUCAAGACCUUGGCCUAGAUUCUUUUCAAGAUUCAAAGAUGAGAUGCAAAAGAUAUAAUAUUUUGCCUAUGAAAGUAAAUCAUCUAGAAGAAAAAGAUUAAAGAAUUAGUUAAGUUCUUUAUAUUACAAUGUAUUGUCACAGGAUUUGUAAUUCAGAUGUCAAUCAUUUAUAAAUUCUUUUUCUGCCAGCCAACAUUUAAAAGACAAAUGACGCAUCAUUUCUCAAUGCUGCUAAUUCUUUAAUUUUUACAUGUCCCAAGUAUUCCAUUUGAGAUUUAUUUCAUUGAUGUUGAUGUUUUUAACCCCAGUGUAACAUGUAUCAUGAGGAGAAAGCACCUUCAUUGAUCAUCACUAUGGAUUAAAAUAGAGGAAUAUUUUACAAGGCAGUAUAGGUGGGGUGGGAGACAUUUUGGAAUCUUGUUUUCUGGGAUAAAUUUUUUAAAAAGAAUUAGGCAUUAGCCCUGAGUAUUUUAGUCAUUUGUGCCCAUAGAUAACAACAUGCUCUUUUAUUCUGGACUUGCUUUUUUUUUCAUUGAGGUUUAAUUUAUAUACAAUAACAGAUUUUUAAGUAUUCAUUUGAAACAUUUUGACAACCGUAUGUAUCUAUACACUCAACCAUCACUGAAAUUAGAUAUAAAAUAUUCCCAUCAAAUACUUUCAGGUAAACACAUUGAGAAUAUUUUGCCAGUCUGUGGCUUACCUACUUAUUUUCAUAAUUAAUGUUUUAAUUUUGAUGAAGAUUUAAUUUACCCUUUUACUUUAAUGAUUAAUAUUUUCUGUGUUCUUUCUAAUAAAUUUUACCAACUCUAAGGUUAUAAAGAUUUCUCCUAAGAUUUUUUUGUAGAAACCUUAUGGUCCUAGCUUAUUAUAUUUAGUUCUCUGAUCUAUCUCAAAUUAAACUCACAUAUAGAGGUAGGUAGAUUUUGAGGAAUAUAUAGUUGUUUCAGCAUCAUUUUAAAAAAUCCCUUCCUCUCCUCAUUGAACUGCCUUGGCCCCUCUGUUGAAAAUCAGUUGAUAUAUAUGUAUGGGUCUAUUUCUGAAUUCUCUAGUCUUUUCCAUUAAUCUAUUUAUCUUAUUGUUAUAGUUUUAUAGUAAAUCUGGAAAUCAGGUAGUUUGUCUUCCAAUUUUAUUUUUCAUUCUCUAUUUUGGCUGUUCUGGAUCCAUUAUAUUCCCAUGUAAAUCUUAGAAUUGGCUUGUCAAUUUUUUUUUAAAAUUUUACCAAAAAAGCUUGCUAGGAAUUUUUGUAUUGCCUGUUCUCUUUAGAUCAAUUUGAGGAAAAUGAAUAUCUUACCAAGAUUGAAUCUUAUAAUCUAUGAAUAUAUCUUUCCAUGCGUUUAGGUCUCCUUUAAUUACUCAGAAACAUUUUAUAAGUUAUUUUCUGUGUAGAUGAUUUGUUUUAUUUAUUACGAUUUUACUGUUAGCUUUUUACAUGUUGUUCCCUGUACUUAGAAUAACCUCUUUUUACCCCUCCCACUAGCUUAAUGUCAUUCAUCCUUCUGCUCUGAGACUUGACCUCCCUGGAAUUAGGUAUCUGUUAUAAAAUGUCUACCAUCCAGAGUAGUCUUCUCAGUCCUCCCCAAGUGACUCAAGGUACACGCCCCUGCCCCCUGCUUCGCCACCACCAAAAAAAAAAAAAGCUCAUAUGAUGAGUAUGGAGAACAAAAACAGAAAGGGGGCCAGGCACAGUAGCUCACACCAUGUAAUCUCAGCACUUUGGGAGACUGAGGCAGGUGGAUCACUUCAGGUUAGGAGUUUGAGACUAGCCUGGCCAACAUGGUAAAUCCCUGUCUUUACUAAAAAUAAAAAAAUUAGCUCAGCAUUAGUGGGGUGUGCCUGUAAUCCCUGCUACUCAGAAGGCUGAGGAAGGAGAAUCGCUUGAACCUGGGAGGUGGAGGUUUCAGUGAGCUGAGAUCGUGCCACUGCACUCCAGUCUGGGAGACAGAAUGAGACCUUGUCUCAAAAAAAAAAAAAAAAACAAUAGAAAGGGGACCCAUUGCUCUCCCACCUUUGUUCUUGUCAUGGCAUUCUCCAGCUGUGAUGGCUUCGGUUAGUAAAAAAUACAGGUUUUGUGACUGCUCUUUGGGCAUUAUUUUUCUAUGUAAAUCCUUGCCAAUGCUGCUGUCCCAGCCAGGGCAAAUAAAAAUGGUUGGCUACCGAGAGCAGGAAGAUUGUUGCAAUGAUAAAAGCCCAAGAAGUGACCUGAUCUUACCUUCAUCUUUGUCCAUCAAAAGCAAGGCUGCUGUUCACUGAUCUAUCUCUCCCAAGGUUGUAAUAAUAUUAGAAACCACAGCUUAUCUUUCAUUGGCUUUUGAGCCUGACUCAGCAAAAGAAGGGUAUAAUUAUUAAUGACUAAACUGUGUUAUUUUAGGAGACAAAUUUCAGUCAUAUUAGAUAUCAAAACAUUUUCAGGGCACAUAUGCAAGGUAAUAUGUAAAUAACACCAGUUAAACAUUUAGUUUUAUUCUAAAGAUUUUGGCUACAGGUGUCGCCCAUUCCAUGGUUCAAGAAAAUUGCUGUUAAUAGAGCUUUCACAUACUGAAACCUGUUUUUCUACUGACUUACAUAAUGAAAUUAGAGAUACAUUUCUGUAAAGUGAUAUGAAAUUAUAAUAAAGGAAAUGAUACAUUUUUAAAUAUAUAUAUAUAUAUAUAUAUAUAUAUAUAUUUUUUUUUUUUUUUGAGACGGAGUUUUGCUCUUGUUACCCAGGCUGGAGUGCAAUGGCAUGAUCUCGGCUCACUGCAACGUCCGCCUCCUGGGUUCAGGCAAUUCUCCUGCCUCAGCCUCCUGAGUAGCCGGGAUUACAGGCACGCGCCACCAUGCCCAGCUAAUUUUUUUGUAUUUUUAGUACAGACAGGGUUUCACCAUGUGGACCGGGAUGGUCUCGAUCUCUCAACCUCGUGAUCCACCCGCCUCGGCCUCCCAAAGUGCUGGGAUUACUGGUGUAAGCCACUGCGCCCGGCCUAAGUUAUAAUUUUUUUAAAGAAACUAUCAAUACGAAAGUAGUUUGGAGUUUUUGAGUACAGUUUUUUUUCUUUUUGAGACAGGGUCUCUGUCAUUCAGGUGAACACAGCUCACUGCAUGCAGCCUCCACCUCCCCAAACUCAAGUGAUCCUCCCACUCAGCCUCCAGAGUAGCAGGGACUACAGGCCCAUGCCACCACGCCCAGCUAAUUUUUGUAUUUUUUUGUAUAGAUGAUGUUUCAUCAUGUUGCCCAGGCUGGUUUUGAACUCCUGGGCUCAAGCAGUCUACACCUGCUGGGAUUACAGGUAUGAGCCACUGUAACCAGCUGAAUACACAUUUUUAAUUACAAAGAAAUACAUAUUUGUUAUAGAAAAGAAGAUGUGGCUAAACAAAAAGAAGAAAAUUCCUAAAUUCACUAUGUUAAUGCUUUGUUGUAUGCCUCCUAGUCUGUUUUUAUAGACACAUACAUACACACAUUUUUUUAUUUUAUAGAGACAGGUCUUGAACUCCUAUGCUCAGGCAAUCCUCCCACCUUGGCCUCCCAAAGUAGUGGGAUUACGGGUGUGAGCAACCUCAACUGGCCAGAUUUAUUUAACAAACCUUAAUACAGUACUUAAUAUUUGCUAGGCACUAUUCUAAGUCCUUUAAAAAUAACCCAUUUCAUCUUUUAAGUCAUUUAUUCCUCAUAAUGACCCUACAAACUAGAUGCCAUUAAUAAUCCUAUUUUACAGAAAUGGAGGCUAAAUUUACACAAUAAAUGCAGACUUGUAUUUGAAUUCAGCCAGUAAUUGGUAGAACUAAUAUUCAAAUUCAGGCUAUUUAGCUAUCCUAUCAGGAUUGGCUGGAAUAAACUAUGAUAACGAAAUCUCUGGGUCUUUACCCAAGAAAGAUACAGUUUUCACUCAUACUACAUAUCUGUCCAAAUUGCUACGACUGUUCGACAUUAUCUUCAUACCAUGACUUAGCCUGACUGGUCAGCCUCUGGGAACAUAGCUGGUCUCCUGGCAAGGGAAACACUGGCAUGGCAAACUACCAGCUAGUUAUUGAAGAUUCAGCCCAGAUGUGAUACACAUCAUUUUUCCUUAUUCUAUUGGCUAAAGUGAGUUAUAUAGUGCCUCCUAAUAUUAAAGGGUAGGAAUAUAUAGCUUUAUAGAAUAAUUUACUACCAACAAUGUAGUAGAAGGAAGAAAGGGACGGAGAGGGUGAGGGGAAAAGAACAAAAGUAAAAGACCAUCACAUAUUCCAGUUUGGAAAUAGAGUUUUUAAAUGCCAUUGACUUGGUGUAGGCCAUUCUCUCUAAUCCAUCAAAGAGAAGGAAGGCAUGCGCCACAGGGAUUUCCUGCUAUGAUUGUCCCCACCUUAUCUGCAAAAGAUAUGUUCCAAGACCUCCAAUAGAUUCCUGAAUCCUUAAAUAGUAUUGAACCCUACGUAUACUGUUUUUCAUUCUGAUAACCAAGACGGCUACUAAGUGGCACGGUUAGUAUAUAUAGUGUGGAUUUACUGGACAAAGGGGUGAUUCAAGUCCUGGGCUGGAUGGAAUGGGAUAGCACACGAUUUCAUCACACAGAAUAGCAUGAAAUUUAAAACUUAUGAAUUAUUUAUUUCUGGAAUUUUCCAAUUAAUAUUUUCAGACCACCGAUAACUGAAACAGUGGAAAGUGAAACCAUGAUUGAGAGGGAAUUAAUUGUAUUGCUUUGUGAACUUUCACACUAACUUUUGAAAAGGCAUUUAGAAGGUUGAAGAAACAUUAAAUGGAGUUUCA